AUGACGCCAUCCACCACUCCACCAGGUCCACCAAGUACUACCGCUUCUUGUUCUGCUACUCAAGUGACCACAUGUUCUUUGGUUCCAUGUGAGUACGGACACCCAUCAGCCUCUGUUUCUUUUGGACCAACUGUAAAGGAUUUGGGCAAUGGUGUUUACGAAGGUACCAUUGUUUUCCAAGGUCACAACUGCGCUGAAUUUGCUGACACCGAAGAAAUCAAGAUUGAUGGUGGUGCUUCAGCUGUUGUCGUUUACUCUGCACAAGAAAAUGGCGGUAAGACAAUCAAUGGUUGUUCUUGGACCACUCAGUUCACAUUCACCUCGAGACAAGGUGCCACAUCUGGUCAACAGUGCAUGGAAGACGGUAUGCGUAUCAAGUACGAAUUUUCUGAUGGUUGUGAACAAGAGUCUUUUGAUUACACCUUUGGUUGUGGUAAUGGUGGUGAAUUCGAUUUGCCUGAGCUAUGCUGGAGUGGCAACAGUUGUGGAAGCUCCACCACUGUGUCUUCCUCGACUGUUCCAUCUGGCUCAUCCAGUGCACCAUCGACUGUUCCAUCGACUGUACCAUCUGGCUCAUCCAGUGCACCAUCGACUGUUCCAUCUGGUUCAUCUA